CGUACUUCAGUGGAUUCUCUCUUACGCGAACAGCGUCCCCGAAGCUCACAUUCUCUAACUGGGCAUUCUGGAACCAGCAAUACUUCCUGGCUUCAUAUAUCUGCUUUCAUGCUAGUAUACGAGAAAAAGUGUGGGCACAAAGGUAUCCCUAAUGGUUGCGAUAUGGCUGCUAACCUCAUUUUUCAUCGCCGUAUUCGGUUUUAUACCCCAGACCGACAUUACGCCAGAUGGUAUCCGUAGGGCACACUCUAUCUACUUAACAAUUUCGGGACUUAUCGCCACGAUCACGGCAUAUAUAUGCUAUAGUAUAUCACCUAAUCUCCCUCGAUCGACUGACUAGCUCUCGGGGGUCGAACGUCUAAUAUUCAUAUCUCGCUUGGCAGAAGCCUCCGGAUGGCCUCGCCCGGUGGAAUACGAAAAUAAGCCAAGUUCGAGAUAUGUUUUCUACGGUCUAAAACGAGCUAUCUGUGAUAUAUAAACAUGAAUAUUGGCUUUGAUAUUUUUUUUUU